AUGUUACAGCCCGCACGACAUAAUUCACUGGAAAAAUGUAGCAAGUGUAAUAAGCCGAUCUCCGACCGACUGCUGCGUGCAUGUGGCGGUGCGUUCCAUGUGGAGUGCUUUGUUUGUACGAGUUGUCGUGGAACCCUUGACGGCAUACCGUUCACCACCGAUGCCAACAAAGACGUGUUUUGUGUUCCGUGCUAUCAAGACAAAUUCGCGCCACGAUGUGCCGUCUGCCGCAAGGGUAUCGUGCCAGUUGAGGGCGAGAAGGAGUCGGUGAGGGUGGUGGCGAUGGACAAGUCGUUCCAUCCCAGCUGCUACCGAUGUGAAGACUGUGGUCUGCAACUAAGCAGUAAGGUGGAAGGUGCUGGUUGCUACCCGCUCAACUCACAUCUCUACUGCAAGACGUGUAACUCGAAUCGACUUCGUAUGCAAGCUACCGUUUAA